GUACUCCUCGAGCCAAGGUUAUCUAAUCUCCGCGGCAACUCGGCCAAUGUGGCCGCCGCCGAAGAGAGGGUCCGAGAGACGACUCAGCACGCGCCGCCAUUUCCGCGCGUCGCGUCAUCUGCGAGAGACACUCGCGCCGUGGCGGCGCUCAGCUGUGUGCAGUGACUCGGCCACAACGGUGUGUAGCCAGUAACGGGGGGUAUGUGACGGCUGCGUCGGAGGGACGGACGGCCGCGCAGAUCAGAAUCGUGUCGUCGCAGGCGAAUCCGUGACUCGUGGCGAUCGAACGCGUAGCGAUGCGACGACGGUGCAAGUAGAAAAUGGACGCGAGCAGCGCGAUCGAAGGAGGAGCAACGUCGUCGUACGUGGUCGCGCCGCUGCCGUUACCGUCGCCGCACUUCGGGCUUCUGUGAUCCGCGCGCGGAGGGCCAUCGAGACGAGGAGGCGAAUGCGACGCGGCGGUGGGCCGCGCGAACGAAGCUGACAGCUCGCCGCCGACGAUCCCGAGCAGCAAACAUGGGCAACUGCCUGAAGCGCGCCGGCGGCAAUCAACAGGACAAUACCACUCUGCUCAGCAGCAAUCCCGAGUCCGCCGUGUCCACCAGCGGUUCCUCGCAGGAGGGCCUCGGACCGCCGAUUCCUUACAACCAAGCGGUGGCGUCUUACUACCCGUCGAUCGCGACGAGGGAACCUCGUCACCUACAGUCCACUAACUUGAACAUCAGCCGCGGCAUCGGCGUGAACCUGAUGCAAGGUGUCGGGUCAGCCGGCCUGAGCGACGAGGAGCAACAGAUGAGGAUCGCCAAGCGCAUAGGACUCAUACAACACCUGCCGAUGCGGGAGUACGACGGCACGAUGAAGGGAGAGUGCGUGAUAUGCAUGAUGGAGUUGUUGGCCGGCGAGGAAGUGCGCUAUCUACCCUGCAUGCAUACCUACCACGCGAUCUGCAUCGACGACUGGUUGCUACGCUCGCUCACCUGUCCGUCCUGCAUGGAGCCGGUGGACGCAGCGCUAAUUAGCUCAUAUCAUCCGACUACUUAAUACACCAGAGUAACCGGACUUGUGCUUUGAUUCCGAUCGGCGAUUGGAAUUCAAUUAUCCAGGCUAAACGGAGCGACUGCAGCGAGAACGAGAGAGCGAGAACGAGAGAGCGAGAGAGAGAGAGAGAGAGAGCGCGCAAGGGCGAGUGAGAGAAUGUAAGAAUGAAAGAGAGAGAAAGAGAGAGAGAGAGAGAGAGAGAGAGAGAAUCGCUACUUUUUGCUAUAGAACGUUUAAAGGCUUCUGGUUAGUAGAGAGAUCCGUGUGUCAAUGGCCUGACUGUAUUCGCCAUUACACCCGAUAUAUAUACGCGCGCGGGUGCUGUUUUAACAAUAUCUGUAUCACAUGACAUACUUAUUACAUCCGCAAGAGUAUUUGAGUUUUUCCUCGUUAGAUUGUUUUUUUUUCUUCUUUUCCUACAAGACCAACGACGAGUGCGAGGAAAAGACUUGCGUUCGCGAUGAAAUCUCAUUGAAGGACACACACCGAGGUAUCCUUGCCCGUGUGUGGUAGUGAGUUAAUGUCGCUUGCAAAUUGAUUUCCUACUAGAGAAGAAGGGGGAAAAAGGGAGGAAGGAGUCGGCUUGAUGUAAGCGUGCAAUAAUGUUGAGUAACAUCGAUAGGUAUAGUCGAAACAGUAUAUAUGCGUAGUGAUGUGAGAUGCGAGCGAGGCGACCGCCGUUGUAUCGUAUAAAUGCUCCUUUUGCGUAACACGGCGAGACCGUUCAACGAAACAACGCGUGCAAGUCGCGUUUCCCCUUUGUCUUUCUGUUUCUCCGAUCAAGAGCGAUAAAGAGCGGAUUAAUCGGCGUUCCACGGCCGCGUCGUAGGGCGCAAAGAGCGCGACGCUUUUUCUUUCGUGUGCAGACUAUACGUGCGACUUUCCAAGCAUAUGUCGAAACUGAACGAGCCUCGUUUAAUGAACGUCUAAAUGCGUAGACGAUAAUAAUGUUAAUGAUGAUGAUGAUGAGGACGACGACGACGACGACGACGACGACGAUGUCGAUGCAGAUAUGGACAGUCUGUUGUAUAUUUUCGUGACGAAAACAGGACUGUCUCUCUUUUAACGAUCUUCGUGACGUUUGAAUUCCUCCCAUGCCUCGCAUGUGUUGUUACGAGACUACGAUGAAAAUCGCUUGAACCGCUUGUACCGCUGUCGCGACCGAUCGAACAUUUUCUCUUUUCUUCUUUUUCUCAUUUGUUUUUUUUUUUUUUUCACUUAGAUGUACGUGUACAGAGAGAAAGAACGCUUUGUUGCGUGUAUGCCACGGAUGAUUAGCGGUUUGUUAUUAAUGAUAACGCGAGGACGCAGAACGUGGCGGAGCAACGGAUAAAAAUGCGAGAAGAGGAUAAACAAAGGGGCCGGGGGGAGGGAGGGACAGAGAUAAAAUGCGACGAAUGAUCCGCACCACAUGCAUACACAUAUUAUUGAACACGAUGUUGACAAUGGGCUACGUAACUUAGAUUCUGUCGUUGAUUUAGUGAAGCUUGUUGAACUAACUUUUGCAGGGCAGUUACAGAGCAAUGGACAUUUGCUGUUUCGCAGAGUAAAACUUUACAGAGAGAGAGAGAGGGAAAGAUAUGUACAGUUUCGUGUAGUUUCAUACGUCAGUGUAAGAUACGCGAUAAUAGUUUUACCGGUUUAAG